GCAGUUGUCUUCGAAUUCUUGCUUUUUGUGGCCGCGUUCUUUCAUCCUUCAUUGACUUUUUUCUGUUUUGACAACCUCAAGUUAAAUAAUAUUUAAAGCAAAUCGUAAGACGUGAUUGUGACGAAUUGUAGAUACCAAAAACGAAACUUUCGUUGCAAAUUGCAAUGUAAUAAAUCUAUUAAUUUAUGUCAAUGGAAUAAAAAGAAAGAAUUAAUCUGAUCAUGAGUCACGAAGGUGAAACAGUUUAUCGAAAGCCAAAAUUCUGGCGAAAGGGAAAUAGAAUAAGCGCGACAGAUGGCACAGUUCAUAUUAAAAUUGGCGCCGGGUUCAACUUAUCUAAUGAUCAUCCAAAACAAAAGAAGCCGCCAUCCCAACAGAAUCGAAUUAUUUCAACAAAGUACACGCUGUUGACCUUUUUACCACAAAAUUUAUUCGAGCAAUUUCGUCGGAUUGCGAACUUUUACUUUUUGAUUAUGACAAUAAUUGCGCUAUCGAUCGACUCGCCUGUUUCUCCACUGACAUCGCUUAUACCUUUGGUGUUCGUAAUUGCUGUAACAGCAGCCAAACAGGGCUAUGAAGACUUUCUCCGUUAUCGAGCAGAUAACAUGGUUAAUAAAUCAAUGGUUACGGUGGUAAGAAACAGCAUCGAAACGGACGUACGGUGUGAAGAUAUUGUUCCAGGUGAUUUAGUGAGAAUAUCUCGCGACUGUGAUGUACCGUGUGACCUAGUGUUGUUAAAGAGUUCCGACAACGGAAAGUGCUUUAUAACGACAGCAAAUUUAGAUGGCGAGACGAACUUGAAAACUUUGGUUGUGCCGAAAGGCCUUCCGGACGUUGAUAUUCCCAAACUAUACACACUUGGCUCUAUUGAAUGUGAACAAUCGCACACCGACCUUUAUUCAUUCAACGGUCGAAUUGUUCUGCCAAAUAACAUCAAUCGAAUCAGCGUGAUUCCUACCGACAUGGAACUCCAAACUGGGCUCCAUAAUAUCCCGCUAAUGGCAGAGAAUUUGAUGCUUCGCGGAUCACGUGUUCGUAAUACUGAGUGGGCGAUCGCAUGUGCGGUUUACACUGGACAAGACACAAAACUCGCUUUAAAUAGCAAAAUAACUAAAAACAAAAUGAGCUCGAGCGAACAAUUCAUCAAUAAAUAUUUAGCUUUCUUCAUUGUUCUCCUACUCGCUGUCGUCACGGUCUCGUAUUUUAUGAAGCGAUAUUUUGAUCUCCAUCAUCCUGAACACAACUCAUAUUUGAGACAAGUCUUUGAUGAAUAUGUAGUGUCGGAAUUUCUUCAAGAUUAUUUUUCAUUUCUUAUUCUCUUCAACUAUCUUAUUCCCAUCUCUCUAUAUGUCACUAUUGAGAUGCACAAGUUUGUUGGAGCUUUCUUCUUGGAAUGGGAUCCUCACCUUUAUGAUGAAGAAACAAACCAACCAUGUAUUGUUAACACAUCAGACUUAAAUGAGGAAUUGGGUCAGAUCAACAUUUUGUUCUCUGAUAAAACCGGAACUUUAACGAAGAACAUCAUGAUUUUCAAGCAAUGUUCCAUUAACGGAAAAAUUUAUAUGAAGCAAGGUAGAGGCUUACAAGAAAAAGAUCGAAAUUAUUCGCUCAAAAUUGGUGAAUGUUCGAAAUCCGUUUAUACGUUUUUUGAGGCUUUGGCAAUUUGUCAUACGGUUCAAGUUGCUGGAACAUAUGAAGAAGAUGAAGAUCGAGCUGAUGAAGAACAAAGUUUGUUGACAGUCAAUGCUGAUGUUCCUCCAAUCUUUCAUAAAUCACUUGAAGAAUUAACUGACAUUGAAAGUAUACAAGAAGAAGUUGAUUUCAUAACAGCACGACACACAGUCACCUUCUCACAUCGUAAUGGAAGUAAUAACAGGAACGGCAAUGUUGGUGUUGAUGAAAUUCGUCCAAGUAGUGACACAGUUCAUACAAAAUCAACGCGUCUUGAAUUACACAAACGGCCAUUGAGUUUAUCAAACAUCCAAAUUAUGGAAUCUUCAGGCUUAACGACUCCAGAAAUACUCAGUAGAGAAAAUUUACUUCUCAAAAAAAUUCAAGUGCAAGAAUAUAAGCGAACAGUGUCUCAUCACAAUGAUGAUGAUGAUAAAAAUAGAAGAGAUGGGAUAAUGACACAUCGAAGAACAAAGUCAAGUGUACCUUUUAGUACUGGAGCUGAAAUAAUGAGUGCACAUUCAGUUAGGCCAUCAAAUUUCCAAAGGAAUGUUUCAGUUCGAACAUCGACACGAGAAUAUUAUGCAGCACCUCAAUACACUGAAGCUCAAGUUGUUGAACGACAAGAAUCGAUGCUACAUCGAAAAGAACUUGAAAGCUUUAUUGAUCUUCUUGACUAUCAAGCAUCAAGUCCGGACGAGAAAGCUUUAGUUGAAGCAUGUGCUAGAUUGGGAAUCAUUUUUCUCAAUGACAAUAACGACAUUUAUACAUUACGACUUCGUAUGAAAAGAAAAGCUGACACUGAUUUUAUGGACAUUCAAAAUAUGGAAGACGAAAAAAAUGAAAUCGUGCAGUUUAAACGGCUACAAGUCUUAGAAUUUACAUCUGAUCGGAAACGAAUGAGUGUGAUUGUGAUGGAUAAGUUUGGGCAGAUUUGGAUCUACACCAAGGGCGCUGAAUCGCACGUUUUGCCACUUUGCAAUUCAAAAAGUAAUCACGUUUCAUUGCUAACACAAAAGCACAUCAACGAAUUUGCAAAAGAAGGUUUAAGAACGUUGGCAGUUGCACGACGAAAACUCACAAAAACCGAAUUUAUCAACUUCAACAAUCAGCUUAUCGAAGCAAACAGUUCGUUGACGAAUCGAGCAGAAAAGGUUGAAAUGUGCCAAAGAAAAGUUGAGACGGGGUUAGAUCUUCUUGGUGCGACAGCUGUUGAAGAUGCACUUCAAGAUAAUGUUCGUGAUACUCUUGUUUCAAUUCGAGCAGCUGGGAUUAAAGUUUGGGUGUUAACAGGUGACAAAGUCGAGACGGCGCUUAAUAUUGCAUUAAGUUGUGGACAUAUUCCAGAUAAUGCUGGAAAAUAUUUUAUAGUUGAGUGUAAGAAUGAAGCGCAAUUAAACGGGCACUUUGAAGCACUUGCGAGAGAAUUAAAAAGAAAUUCUGGACAAGAAUAUGCCCUUCUCAUUGAUGGAAUGAGUCUUUCCAUUGCACUUCAACAUGCUAGUGAAAAAUUUCGAGAUUUAGCUUAUAAAUGUCAUGCUGUGCUUUGUUGUCGACUCAGCCCACUACAGAAAUGUGAGGUCGUUCAUCUAGUUAAAAGUCAUCCAUCAAAACCAGUCACUGGUGCUAUUGGUGAUGGAGCUAAUGAUGUUUCAAUGAUACAAGAAGCUCAUGUUGGACUUGGAAUUGUAGGCAAAGAAGGGAGACAAGCAGCACGAUGUGCUGAUUAUGCAUUUGCAAACUUUUCAAUGCUUAAACGAAUUGUUUUACUUCAUGGACAUUAUUUCUCUCAACGACUUGCUUUGUUGGUCCUUUACUUCUUCUAUAAAAAUGUCGUAUUUAUGGGCGUUCAGCUUUUCUUUCAAGCCAACUCUCUCUUUUCAUCACAAUCAAUUUUUGAUUCACUCUUCUUGACACUAUUCAACGUGACAUAUACAACACUUCCAAUUCUUUUCAUUUCAAUAACUGAGAAGAUUUACGAUGAAGAAACUUUGAUGACUCAACCAUCGUAUUAUAAGUUGAUUAGUGGCAACAAACUUUUUAGUUGGCGCUACUUUAAUAGUUGGAUGUUUAUCGGCUUAUAUCAUUCAAUAAUCGUCUAUUUUUUUGCUUGGAUUAUUUGGAAUGACAACUCGGCGAUGUAUGCCGAAGGUAGAACGAUGAAUUUCUUGUGUUUUGGCGUUUUUAUGGUGCACAACGUGGUCGUCGUAGUCAACUUGAAAUUACUCAUUGAAGCGAUUUAUAAAACUUACAUCUUUGUCGCGACCAUUUGGCUGUCGGUAUUUGGAUUCAUGGGAACAACCUUCGUUUAUAAUUUAUUUAAUGCGGGAUAUGACAUGAACCUUUACAUGGUGUAUACAAAAAUGUUAACAUCAUGGAUAUUCUGGAUUUUAUCAUCACUAAUAGUCGUUGCUGCACUUCUACCUGAUCUUUUCUUCAAAGCUCUCGAAGCAUUAAACUUUAGAUUUCGUACAAUUUUUCCAGGAAACGAAGUUAUGGGAACAAAGAAAUUCGGACCAAAACUUGUUCAAACAACUUAUCUUUAAGUUUCUUUUUCAAAUCAAUUUCAAAUGAAAGACAUGACAAAAGUACAUUGACUGAAAUAAAAAAAUCACAUAAAUUGAAACAAACUUUGUCGAAACUAUGUCUAGAUAUGAUGACAGCCUAAAGCGCUGAAGCUGAAAAUAAUAAAAAAGUGAAAGACAAUGAAAAAUAUUUGGAAGAUGUUGGAAAUACUGCAAGAAAAUUUCUC